ACACAUACACCGACAUUUCAUUGUCUUCGUCCUUGUUCCGUUUCUCUCGCUUACUCUGUCUUCCACUUCUCUUCCCUCCCCACCCCCGCGCUACCUUCCACUCUUUACUCUUCUACCGCCGCUCUUCCUCCUGCUGGUCGUCGUAGUGGUCUUCCUAUAUUCGCCUCGUUGCCGCGCGACGUCAACAUCAUCGGGCUGGUGGUUACCCGGAGGAAGAAGAGGCGAGAAAAAAGGAAAGCGAGCACAGAAGCGGCCGCCACCGUCCGACGGCGCUUGUCCGCGCGACCGUGUUGCGGACGAUCUCUCGCCUCUUCCUCCUUUCACGGAUCUUCGCCGGCACGUCGGAGUCUCUCGGUGAGAGGGAGGUGACACUUUCGAGCAGACACGCGGCACGGAUCUCGCGCACUCGGUGGACGCACGCGAGGACACGGAAGAGCCGCGCUCCGUUGCAGAUCGGUGACGGUGCCAAGAUUUCGUUUUUUUUUUGUUUUUUUUUGUUUUUUUUCCGAACUUCGCUCGGACUCUUUGUUCCGAAAGCGUCUCGUGAGUCGAGUAAGCUCGAGUCUCACUAGUGCAUAAAACGAGCAAUGCGUAUUAUCCCAGUGUGACAGUGCUGAAGACGACGAUUUUCAAGCGCAGCAUUGCCGUCGUUGCUGUCAUUGUCAUCCCCGAAGAAAAACGUCGGGGCGUUUCUUGGACGAUACGGUGUUAACAUCGCCGCAAAGCAUUCGUCGAGUCUCGAACAAACUCGAGUGAUUGUGGAUAAAUCUAGUGUGACUUUGGUGCUUGUAGUGCUCAGUGUCGAUGCGCCGGAUAUUGCAAGAUAACGGCGAAGAAGAAAAGGCCGCUCGCGACACGUAAACGAUACGCGAACGAUCAACUCGUGAAUAUGGCCAGCACGACAAUGAUGGGUCUGCGUCGCAGAGCGCCGGUGAACAGCUCACCAACUCCCUCGAGUCAGUCACCAUCCACGACGAGUACGUCGUCAUCGAGCAAGCGCUUGAGGAAUGAGAACAACAACAGUCCGUCCCACGGCAAUCUGAACUCGAUGAACGGUGGCUCUCGGGACGAGCCGCCGACGAAGAAGUCUCGUGGGACUUCGACGAGCGGAGCAAAGGGUAAUAGUUCCUCUUGUUCCUCGUCCUCCUCGACAACCACGAGUACCUCGACCGACAGCCAGAACUCGAGGAGUCGCGGAACUUCCGUCUCGAGAUCGGUCACUCAGACCAAGUCAUCGUCCACUUCGACGGCUGCCACCUCGGCUGCCUCUUCCUCGACGAACGAUAUAUCGAACGGCACCGCGCUCUCCAACAGCUGGACGACUACGUCAAGCAUGUCGGACGUGCCGUCGUACGCUUCCGUGACCGGGCUCGGCUUGACGGGCGGACAAACGGCCGGCCUGUGCGCCGGAAGCCUCGGCAUGCCGCCUACACCGAUACCACCGUACAUGUCGACCUCCAUGGCGACCUUCGUUGGUAACGCCACGAAUCUCGGUAAGAGCUCGUCCGUUUCGUACCUCGACAUUUCCAACAUGACCGGCAGUUCCUUGGCUGCUUCCGGCGUCGCGAACUCGUUAAAUAACGGAUACGCGGCGAACGGUUCCGCUGCUGUAGACGCGAAGAGCGGAAUGGCGUUGUCGUACUCGCCAAACGUCAACGGCGGCUCAUUCGGCGCGCAAAAGAGUCCGAACGGAGCCGACGUGGCCACCGCUUCGCCGAGGAAAUUUCAAAACGAUACUAUGUUCAACGCUUAUCAACCAUGGGUGAUCAAAACGUACGGUGAUCUUGCCAAAACUAAGACUAUUACUAUCAAGAAAUACGCGCGAAUCCUGAGGACGUUGCGGGGCGAGGAAGUGAACAGCGCGGAGAACAGCAAGUUCCGCUUCUGGGUCAAGAGCAAGGGUUUCCAUAUCGGUCAACCGGAAGGCUACGACGCGAAACCGGCCGACAGGAUUAUUGGACGUCAUGCCGUCACAAGCCCGGGAUUGGAUCCGCCGCUUUACGUGCCCACGCAGCUGCCGCACAACAAGUCGUUAAAUGGUGCCGAAGGUACAGUCCCACCAGGAAGAGUGUAUAAGAAAGUCGCGAUUGUAGAGAACUUCUUCGACAUUAUCCACGCCGUUCACGUUGAUCUCGAAGGACGUCCUGGGAAGCAUGCCGGCCAGAAACGCACCUAUAGAACGAUUACAGAAACGUAUGCAUUCCUACCCCGAGAAGCGGUAACGCGAUUUCUGCUGGGCUGCACGGAAUGCCAACGUCGUCCGCGGACGCCGAGUCCAACAAACUUAUCCAAUCAGUCGCAAUCCACGACUACGACCACGACGUUGGCGUCAACACCAACCCCGCUCAGCCCGAAUCGCGGUAGCAACGCUGCUCUCGCGACCUCGUCUUUAUCGUCGUCCUCGUCGGUGCAGAAUAAUCCCAAGUCGCGCGAUGGCAGCCACCACACGCCGUCAGAGACGAAGAAUUUGCACAAUUAUAGGCAUCAGAAGCAGCACAAGAGCGGCGGCGUCGCUGCAACGGAUAAACUCGAAAAGGAUAAGGAUGAGAAGUACAAUCCGUUGAGCAUCACGAAUUUAUUGAAGAAAGAACCGGCAAACGGUAGUUUUCUCGCCAACUCGGACGCUGUGCCGGAAUCGAGAAGGACGCCGGAAUCGGACCGAGCGAGUUCGAGGAGCUCGGCAUCAUCGAAGAGGAAGCGGAUGCUGCCGGAGGGACGUACACCCUCGCCUCAACCCAGCCAGCCGUUGCCGAGGCCCUGGAGCCCCGGGCUGGAUCCCAAGAACACGCCCAUCGACUAUAGCCUCCCCAUCACAACCUCGUAUUUAAAGCAUCAGCAAAGGCUACUCCAGGCAGAGAAGAGUAAAGCCGCUGCUAAUGCGGGAAGGGAAACUCUUGAGAUAUCAGAGCCCAAGACCGUUGUGACGCCGCUUGUCGAGGAAACGGAGAACGCCGAGAAGGAGAGAUACUCGCCGGCGACUGGUUUGAUCGACACAAACCUCAAUCUACUGGCGACUAUUCAGCACCUCCAUUGCCAAGUGAUGUUGGCGCUCACCGAGCGACUGAGACCAUCGAUCGCGAGUCCUUUAGUUCUGCCAUCGACGCCGACAAAUGUUCUUGCGGGCUCGAUGAUGAUGGGCACGGAAGUGUCAGUCCAAACGGGAGAGAAUCAUUUGUAAACUGAUUGGCGCGAAGACAGAAUUGUUGAUAGUGGUGUGAGUUUAACCGCUUUUCUGAGAGAUGCGUGAAAGCUACUAAACUAUGAUCGAGAUAAAAAAUUGAUAUCUUUGCGACCAGAACUAUUUGCGUCGAUAAUAUCGAUUGGUCGGAUGCAUUCUCAUCGAUCAUUCAUUACAGAUGAGUGUUUGUCAAUAAAAAAAAUCAACUUGCUUAUUAAAGUCAGACAAUGGACAUCUGAAAUUCUCACAAAGGUAAUAAAAUUUCUUUUAUUUGCAUUUUUGAACACAAAUGAAACAAUCAUUAUAAAAUUUCUUAAAAAAUGUCGAUCACGGUGACUCCCUUUAUCUUGAAUUCAUUCUUGAUUAUGUGUCCGAUUGACGCGUGUUUGCGAACGCGAUUUGCCCUCGUCUUCCAUCAGCGAAACGAUAGAUGGACGCAAUUACAUAUUGAACCGGACGGGAUCGAUUAUUGUUGUCGCGCUCGUGUCACACAUUUCAUCCGAUCGAGCCGGUUGUGUCGUUGCUGCUUGCUUACGUCCGACGCUAGUCGAUGCCCGAUAUAGACGACGGGCCAAGCGAGCGGGAUAAUUCCCGAGUCUGUCGAAAUACGGGUCGAUGUGUCAGGGAUUCGCGCGCCGCCUCCUCUAUGUCCGAUAUUUAGGGAUCCGUUACGCGGAGAGCGGAUCUCGCGAUAUUUGCUCGCCGCCGGACUCGACUCCGAUCGAUCCAUCCAGGCGGGGCAAAAGCGGCACAGUCCGCUCGGCGACACCGCCAAGGUCCUGAAUAUUCAACGAACCAACGAGAUAGAGACGAGAGAGAGGGAGAAAGAGUGAGAAGGAGAUCCAAUUUCUCGUUUUCGGGUGUCAUCCGAUGAAUUCGACAUCCAGUGUCGACCUGACGAAUUGUCUUUCAUAUUUCGCGGAUUCGAUCGCGCGCGACGAUUCGCUCCGACUAAUUAUAACGUACCCCAGAAUGAGCGAAUAAUACUCUCCAACUGAAUAAUGAAUUCUUUUUGAAUUUAGCAUGUACUCUCUCUUUUCUCGACGCUAAUAAUUUUUGAUUUACAAAACAUAAAAAGUAAUUUGCACGAAUUAAGCUUUAAAGCGAUAAAUGAAUGACGAAAUCGUAUCAAUAUGUCAAAUGGACUUUACUUUAAAAGAUUUUAUUUAAAACUCGUUCAGAUAUAUAUAUAGGCGUCGAUAUUCGAGAGAUUAAUUUUUCGCAGGCAGCUUUUAUUCGUUGAAAAAGACAAGACAUGCGUCUCAUCUUUUUGUUCGAACGAGCUAUAUGUAAUAUGUUUUUGCAAACUUGAAUGUCUGGAUGAAUGUUCGUUAGUAUGCGAUCAGAUAACAUCUCAUUGACGCAAAAAAGCGCUGGCUGCAUCUAGUCGGUGUCUCGCGAUAUAUAUUGUAAUUGUAAUAAUGUUAUCGCAUAUAAUUACACACAACGGAAGUACGAUCAAGUCGAUCGGGGAUGACUCGUCUUUCGUUUUACAGAAUCAGUCGAUUCGGUAUUAUUUACGCGCCGCCAAUUUCUUUUACAUUAUAUUAAUUAUCGUAUUAUUAUCGACACAACUGGUUCGGCGAUAUUUAAUGACAUCGCGGCGCGACCGCGUAAUUGAACAUGUUAUUUCAGACGGAGAAGAACUAAGUUUAGAAUUAGGGACAAAUCAUGAGUAUAUAUUGUAUCAGUAUAUAUUUUGUAAUUUUCUUUACAAUUCUUUUGUAAACAAAAUUUUAUUUAAUUUUUCUUUGGAAUGGAUUUCAAUCCUCAAGUAUUUCAAAUUUAUUUUGUUCCUUUCAAACAUGCGCGAUAUUAGCUUUCUAAGGUAAUUAAGAUUUAUUCGGAUAAUAUAUAAGCGAAUACCAAGAUUCUUUCUUUCUUAUUUUACAAAAACCAUAAGUAAUUCAUUUAGGUGGUCUUUUGUAAAAUAAUUAGUCGACGGCAGCAAUCGCCGGACUCGAUAUCGACUGUAUACCAAAGGCAGUAUCACUUCGAGAGCGAUCUGCGUCUAAUAGAAUUAUUGAUAAGAAGAAGAAUCGAUUUCAGUUAUAAAUCGAUUGUUUGCCGCAUCGAGACGGUCCUCGGACGGCAAGAUCCAUUUCGUAUCUGACUGUGUACGUAGCCUAGCCUUGUGUACGAUAUUACUCGAAGUAGCUCGUCUUUCGUGUACGAUAUAGCGUGUCGUUAGCCGGUGGAAAAAAGAUACACCUCUAACACGAUAGGCCUUAAGGUGUGCUUGCACAAAAUAAAAUGUUUACUAGAAGUUCGAUAAUCGUCGUGAAAGUAGACGAGGAUUAAGAAUCCUCGAGAGUGUGUCGGAUAUACAUAUAUGCGUAUAUACAUAUGUAUAUAUAUAUGUAUAUAUAUAUAUAUAUAUAUAUAUAUACACAUAUAUAUAUAUACAUAUAUAUAUAUAUAUAUAUAUAUGUAUAUAUAUAUAUAUG